UGGAGCUCUCCCACUUGUUCCCUUCCCACAGUCCAGGCGCGUCACUGGUCACUGCGUCAUUGCGCUUUCGCUUGGCAGCAACAGCUCAAGCACUCGCCAACAACGUUUCGAGACGGCCGCCUCAGCGCUCCUGCCCUCUUCGCUACAUCCGCUGCUCUCCGCUGGCGACACGUAUAUCCCCGUGCAGCUGCUCCUUCCUUGUGUUCUUCUUCCUGCUUGCCGUGAUACCCCCCGCUCUGCAUCUGCACCUGCACCAGAGCGCCCAACACUUUCCUCCCGCCGCACCACAGACCACGUCUGCCGCCAUGGCGAACCAGAACCUCAAGAAGCUUGCGCCGCAGGCACAGGCGUCGCGCGCCGGGCCGUACACAUGCGAGGUGCCCGGCGUCCAGAAGAUCGACGGCGAGACGAUACCGCGCCGCAACAAUGUGGCCAAGGACGGCCUCGUCCUGACUCCCCAGGAGGGCAUCAACACGCUGUACGAUGUGCUGCGCUACUCGGCUGCCAAGUUUGGCAACGCAAAGGCCGUCGGCGCGCGCAAGAUCGUCAACAUCCACGAGGAGACGAAGAAGGUGAAGAAAAUGGUCGACGGCCAGGAGACGGAGGUCGACAAGAAGUGGCAGUACUUCGAGCUCAGCCCCUACUCCUACAAGAGCUUCAUCGAGUUCGAGCAGAUGGCCCUGACCGUUGGCUCGGCCCUCGCCCACCUGGGCUACAAGCCCAGCGACCGCAUGCACCUGUUCGCCGCCACGAGCAUGCAGUGGAUGGCCUCCGCCCACGGCGCCCUGUCCCAGUCCAUGGCCAUUGUCACCGCAUACGACACCCUCGGCGAGGAGGGCCUCACCCACAGCAUGCAGCAGACCCACGCCAAGGUCAUGUUCACCGACCCGGAGCUGCUGCCCCGCCUCGUCAACCCCUUCAACAAGACCAAGGAUGUCACUGUCGUCGUCUACAGCACCAAGAACGACGCCAAGCAGAAGGACAUUGACGCCCUUACCAGCGCCCACCCCCACCUGAAGGUCCUCAGCUUCGACCAGUUCCUGAGUCUCGGUCACGACAACCCGGCCCAGCCCAUCCCCCCGAAGGCUGACGAUCUCGCAUGCAUCAUGUACACCUCUGGCUCCACAGGUACCCCCAAGGGCGUCAUGAUCAAGCACAGCAACGUUGUUGCUGCCAUUGCUGGUGUCGACGUCAUUGUUGGCAAGUACCUUGGCCCUGGCGAUGUCCUCAUUACCUAUCUCCCCGCGGCGCACAUUCUCGAGUUUGUCUUCGAAAACGCUGUUCUGUACUGGGGUGGAACCAUGGGCUACGGCACCAUCCGUACCCUCUCCGACACCUCGGUGCGCAACUGCGCCGGUGAUAUCCGUGAGCUGAAGCCCACUGUCAUGGUCGGUGUGCCCCAGGUCUGGGAAACCGUCAAGAAGGGCAUCAUCAGCAAGGUCGAGGCUGGCGGCGCCGUCAAGAGCAAGAUGUUCUGGGGCGCCUUCGCCGCAAAGAGCUUCCUGCUCGGCGCCGGUCUUCCCGGCUCUGGCGUUCUCGAUGCAAUCGUGUUCAACAAGGUCAAGGAGGCCACAGGCGGCAAGCUGCGUAUCUGCCUGAACGGUGGUGGUCCCAUUGCAAAGGAGACCCAGCGCUUCAUCUCCCUCGCCAUCACUCCUAUGAUCUCCGGAUACGGUCUCACCGAGACCUGCGCCAUGGGUGCGCUCAUGGACCCCCUCGCCUGGACAGACGCUGCGCUCGGCGAGAUGCCCGCAUGUGUCGAGAUGAAGCUCGUCGACUUCGCCGACGCCGGCUACUUCUCCACCAACAAGCCCCCACAGGGCGAGAUCUGGAUCCGCGGCGGCGGUGUCGUCAGCGGCUACCUGGACAUGCCCGAGGAGACAGCCGAGUCUUUUACCGAGGACGGCUGGUUCAAGACAGGCGACGUCGGCGAGUUCGAUUCGCUCGGCCAGAUCCGUAUCAUCGACCGCAAGAAGAACCUCGUCAAGACGCUCGCCGGUGAGUACAUUGCCCUCGAGAAGCUCGAGUCGGUGUACCGCUCCGCCCCUAUCGUGCAGAACAUCUGCGUAUACGCCGCCGAAGACCGCCAGAAGCCUGUUGCCAUCAUCGUCCCCGCUGAGCCCGCGCUCAAGAAGCUCGCUGCCGAGCAGGGCGUCAAGGGCGACCACCUGGAGGAGCUCGUCCACGACAAGAAGAUCAACAGCGCUGUGCUCAAGCAGCUUCAGUCCGCAGGCCAGAAGGGUGGCCUUGCCGGCUUCGAGAUGAUCGAGGGCGUCGUGCUGGCCGAUGAGGAGUGGACACCGCAGAACGGCCUCACCACCGCUGCGCAGAAGCUCAACCGCAAGGGUAUCUUGAAGCAGUACGAGAAGGAUGUCGACCGCGCGUACGGUCGCUCGUAGACGCGCACUCGCCGCGUCCCCUUCCCUCUUCCUCUUCCCUCACCCCCCUGCACCAAUGAACCCCGGGGCUAAUACGACAUACGGAAUGGUGGCUUGGAGUCUUUCACGAUUACGAUGGUUUGCGAGGCAGGAUUGCAAUGUACCCGUGUGUAUUCUAUAUCAUAGCUAGCUUUGCGACUCUCUGGGGUAUAUGUAGCGAAUUUCUUCUCUAGUACUUAGUCGUGUCGUCGUGUAGCUGCUGUUUUGUGAUGCG